AAGCUUGUAUUUUUGUAGCUGCUAAAAAAACAACCCCAAAAAAACAGGGAGCUGAACCUAAAACAGUUAAUUUCGCCCCCAAAACUCACUGACUUGGUACGUCGUCGUAUAAUCGCCAUUGGAGUAUCUCAGAGCCCCUUUCUUCUUCGUCUCAAUGCUUCUCUUUGAUUAACUUCUUGUGAACCAAAGAAGCUUGUUAGGGUUUCUACGAUGAUAUACACGGCGAUAGACACCUUCUACCUGACCGACGAGCAGCUACAGAAUUCGCCGUCGAGAAAGGACGGGAUAGAUGAAGCCACGGAGACCACGCUCAGAAUCUACGGCUGUGAUUUGAUCCAAGAAAGUGGAAUUUUGCUCAAAUUACCUCAAGCUGUAAUGGCGACUGGUCAGGUUCUGUUUCACCGCUUCUAUUGCAAGAAGUCCUUUGCACGCUUCAAUGUCAAGAAAGUUGCUGCUAGCUGUGUGUGGCUUGCAUCGAAACUGGAGGAGUGCCCGAAGAAAGCCAGACAGGUGAUCAUUGUUUUCCACAGGAUGGAAUCUAGGAGGGAGAACCUACCCAUUGAGCAUUUGGACCCAUUUUCAAAGAAAUAUUCGGACUUGAAGAUGGAGUUGAGUAGAACAGAAAGGCAUAUUUUGAAAGAGAUGGGUUUCAUCUGUCAUGUUGAACAUCCUCAUAAGUUCAUAUCAAAUUACCUUGCCACUUUGGAAACACCUCCGGAAUUAACACAAGAAGCCUGGAAUCUAGCAAAUGACAGUUUGCGGACGACAUUGUGUGUUCGAUUCAAGAGCGAGGUUGUUGCUUGUGGUGUGGUUUAUGCUGCUGCUCGGAGAUUUCAAGUACCACUUCCUGAAAAUCCGCCAUGGUGGAAGGCAUUUGAUGCUGAGAAAUCAGGGGUUGACGUGGUUUGUAGGGUUCUGGCUCAUUUGUACAGCCUUCCUAAAGCAAAGUACAUACCGGUCUGUAAAGAGGGUGACUCUUUUACAUUUUCCAACAAGUCGUGGAUUUCGUCUCAGCCAGUUACAAAGGAAGUUUCGAAGAAUGCUGCCGAAGCUACUGACGAUGCCUCUAAUUCAAAGGAUGCAACAGCAGUCAAUCCUGAAUCUGGUGGAUCAAAGGGUGUCUUGGUCAAGCUACCCGUUGACAAGCUGAAGGACUCUAAAGAGAGUGGUGAUGAGUCCAAGAGCAUGGCUGUUGAGGGAGAGGCAAGAGAAGAUGUCAAUAUGAAAUCCAAGUCUGAACGCCGCAUGGAAUCAAGCGGUGAUAAAAGCAAGGACAGAGAAAGGGACAGGUUGAGAGACAGGGACAGGGACAGAAAAAGGGUCCGGGAUCGUGAUAGGGGCAGGGAUUCUGACCGGGAACGAGAUCGAGAGGAGGCCGAGAGGGAUAAAAACAGGGAUCGAAGUCAUCGUUCAAGGGAUAGAGCAAAAGAUUCAGGGGGGCAUUCAGAUAAAUCAAGGCACCACUCGUCACGAGAUCGUGAUCAUCACAGUUCCUCGUAUGCUUCCCGGGAGAAGGAUCGUGAUCGCCAUAGACAUCAUUCGUAUGCUUGAACUAAUCGUCAGGACGCCUCUCCUUUUCCCUUAAACGCAACGGAACUCAAUGUACUUUGGCUGUGUUUUGCUAAUUUGGCAGAUGUAAUAGUGUAUUAGAAUUGUUACUGUAA